UUAUAUAUUAGUCCAGUCCACAAUUUUUUAUUUUUUAAAGCAGCUACCAACUCCUUUUAUUCUCUCCUACACUGCUCUCUGCUCUGUCUGUGUGAGUGUGUGUGUGAGAGAAAGAGAGAGAGAGCCAUGGCAUUCGCAGGAACAACACAAAAAUGUAUGGCUUGUGAAAAGACUGUCUAUCUUGUGGACAAAUUAACAGCAGACAAUCGAGUCUACCAUAAAGCUUGUUUUAGAUGCCAUCACUGCAAGGGCACUCUCAAGCUUGGGAACUACAAUUCCUUCGAGGGUGUUCUGUAUUGCAGGCCGCAUUUUGAUCAGCUCUUCAAGAGAACUGGCAGUCUCGACAAAAGCUUUGAAGGAACACCUAAAGUUGCCAAACCAGAGAAGCAUUUAGACUCCGAGAAACCACUGGUAAACAAAGUUUCAAGCAUGUUCAUUGGAACGAGAGAGAAAUGUGCAGGCUGUAACAAUACUGUCUAUCCAACUGAAAAGGUGUCUGUAAAUGGAACUGCAUACCACAAGAACUGUUUCAAAUGCAGCCAUGGAGGAUGUGUCAUCAGUCCAUCCAACUACAUUGCACACGAGGGGCGCCUUUACUGCAAACACCAUCAUACUCAACUCAUUAAGGAGAAAGGAAAUUUAAGCCAGCUCGAGGGGGACCAUGAGAAAAAUUCAGUAUGAAUCAAUGUCUUAGCUGCAGAAUCGUAAUUCAACAAGUGCAUGUUUGUAAAGCGGUAUUGAACAAGUCAGAUGCUAUAAUAAACGAGAUUUAAGCUUCUUUUUCAAUUUUUAGUAUUGUCCAGUGCCCUCCAGUCUUUCCUAUGUAUUGGUUCUUCUCUCUUGUUUGCUUUCCAUCUGAAGGGUGAUGUUUUCCUACGAGAGUAGUCAAGAACGAACAGAAGCUAAAAGAAGUUCAAGUAUUACCGAAGUUAACAGGUGUGUGUAUUGGCUUUUUCUAUGUUUUUGGCACAUUGUAAAUUGUGGAUGUUCAAACUGAUACAAUGGCUUGUUUAAUUAUUAGUUCAAAUGGUGAAUGGUGUAUGAUAUUGUACUAGUGAAUCUGGAA